AUGAGCAAGUAUCCGAUUCCUAAUGACACGUCUGAAGAUUGCCUCUUCUUAGAUGUGUAUACUCCUCCCCAGGCAAGUAACUCUUCGAGAUUACUACCGGUGUUUAUCUGGAUCCAGGGUGGGGGCUUCAAUGAGAAUUCUAACUCCAAUUAUAACGGCACUGGCUUGAUUCAAGCGUCCGAAAUGGGAAUCGUCGUGGUCACCUUCAAUUAUCGUGUUGUUCCGUACAGAUUCCUAUCUGGGGGAGAGAGCCUACAAGAUGGAAGUGUGAACAAUGGCCUAAAGGAUCAGAUUAAAGUGUUGAGGUGGGUUCAGAAACACAUCAACAAGUUUAGUGGUAACCCUAAACUUGUGGUCGUAGGUGGUGGUGCCAGCGCAGGAGCCGCUUCCAUUACCCUUCUUCUCUCAGCAUAUGGCUGA